AUAAUUAAGGAUAGGAAAAUAAAUGAAAAGCCCAAAGUGUUUUGUCGUUGUAGCAUUAAUUUCCAUUGUUUUUUCCUUAAUUUGUUUCCCAGCAGCCUGCAGUAGCAUUCAUGCUGCAAGUCCUCAUCAUCAUCAAGAUUUUGUGUACUGUCUUUCCAGAAAGCUGAGAAAUAAUGCCACCUCUCAGGUACUCUACACUCCGAAAAGUCCCUCAUUCUUGCCGAUCCUGAAUUUCUCCGCCCAGAAUCUCCGGUUCACGGCGCCGGGAAGCCCCAAACCUGUAGCCAUCAUCACACCUUUACGGGAAUCCCACAUCCGAGCUGCAGUGAUUUGCUGCCGGAAGUAUAACAUCCAGCUGAGGACCCGAAGCGGCGGCCACGAUUACGAGGGCCUUUCCUAUGUUUCCAGCCUCCCGUUUGUCAUUCUUGACUUGAUCAACUUCCGGUCGAUCGAGGUUAACGUUGGGGAGAAGUGGGCGUGGGUCCAAACCGGAGCCCAGCUAGGUGAAGUGUACUAUGCCAUUGCUAAUAAGAGCGACACUUUAGCUUUUCCGGCGGGGUUUUGUCCCACGGUAGGCUCGGGUGGCCACAUCAGCGGCGGCGGGUACGGGGCGAUGAUACGGAAAUAUGGGAUGGCGGCGGACCACGUGAUUGACGCCCGAAUCAUGGAUGUUAAGGGGCGAAUCCUGGACCGGAAAUCCAUGGGGGAGGAUCUCUUCUGGGCUAUCAGGGGCGGCGGCGGCGCUAGCUUCGGCGUCAUACUCGCCUGGAAACUGGAACUGGUUCCCGUGCCCGAAAUCGUCACGGUAUUCACCAUUAACAGAACCGAGGAACAAAACUUAACCAACCUGAUCCAUAAAUGGCAGGUUUUCGGCAACAAGGCCGACAAAAACCUCUUCCUCAGAAUCUUCCUACAAAACACCAACACUACCAAUGGGAGAACAGUACAGGGUUUGUUCAGUGCACUAUACCUCGGAAGCUCCGAAACCUUGCUACCUAUGAUGCAGAAAGGAUUUCCAGAAUUAGGCGUGACAAAAUCCGACUUAACGGAGAUGAGUUGGAUCAACUCCGUACUCUAUCACUUCCCCGUCGGCAGUCUACUCAACCGCUCCUUCCCGCUCAAACGGAGCUACAAGAUCAAGUCCGACUACGUCAAACGCCCCUUAAACCACCAAGUUUUCCAAGGGAUAAUUGAACUGUUUAAAGAAGAAGACGUCAACGGGCCGCAAAUGCAGUUAACUCCGUACGGAGGGAUAAUGGACGAGAUUCCGCCGUCAGAAACACCUUAUCCACACAGGGCAGGGAACCUAUUUUUCCUCGAAUACACCGUUGGAUGGGACGAAACCGGCGAAAUGGCCGCUCAGAAGCAUCUGUCAUGGAUUCGGAAGCUUUACGCUUACUUGGCUCCCUAUGUUUCCAACAAUCCCAGAGAAUCGUACGUGAAUUACAGGGAUCUUGACCUGGGACAAAACAAUUUGGUCGGGACAACCAGCCUGGCUCAGGCAAGUUCUUGGGGUUAUAAAUAUUUCAUGAAUAACUUCUAUAGGCUUGCCAAAGUGAAGGCUUUGGUAGAUCCAGAUAACUUCUUCAGGCAUGAACAGAGCAUUAUUCCACUUCCAUCUCCACUUUGAUCCAAUUCAUUGCCGGCCGGCACAACAU